AUGGCAUUUCUCUUCUCUUCUCUUCUCAAGAUUUACAAGGGCAUCAAAAUUGCCGACAAUCCUGCUGAGAGUGCCUUUGGCAUUGUUGUAGAUCACAAGCUACGAGAAGAGAGCUCCCAGGAAGCUUCUCGAGUAAUCCAGGAGCUGAAGAAAAUUGGACUCAAGUCCGUCAUCAAACCAUUGAAUUGGAGAGAGCAGAGAUGGCAGGGCAUCGAGCCCUCUGAUUUACCCAAUGUUGAGAGCCUUGCACGCACGAUGCGGUACCAAGCUCUGGGGUCUACUUGUAGAUACCUUCAGGUUCCGAGUCUCUUUUUCGCCCAUCAUCAGGACGACCAGUAUGAGACCGUUCUGAUGCGGCUGCUCGCGGGCCAUGGGUACAGAGGCUUGCAAGGCAUUCGUGAAGCCAACGCUAUUCCAGAGUGCUAUGAAUUGCAUCAUGUCUAUAAGAGUGGCCUGCUUGAUAACCAGAUGCAAAAAUUUCCCUUCCUAAGCUUCAAACCGCCAUCGCGUGAAAUGAAGCAGCUGCGGUUUAUUUUAAGGGACGACAAAAAGGCCGAAUCAUGGGAUCGGAUCAAGUCAUACCUCAACUUGGACGAUACGACUACACGUUUCCCUGGACAUCUUUCGCGGGGGUUUGAUCCUAGUGUACCAUACUUGACUCCUUUGCAGAGCGAGGACGGCGGUGUCAUGAUAUAUCGGCCGCUUUUGGAAUUUGACAAAGGGAGGCUCAUUGCAACCUGUGAAGCCAACGGCGUCCGUUGGUUCGAGGACCGCACCAACACAGACCCAACCCUCACAACCCGCAAUGCCAUUCGGAAUCUUACACGACAUCACACGCUGCCCAAGGCCCUGCAGAAGCCAUCUGUCUUGGCACUUGCCCAUCGGUCGAGGCUGAGGGCGCAGCUGGAAGAAGCUGAAGCCCACAGGCUACUGGUUCGCGAAAAGGUCAUCAAGGAUUUUGAUCCCAAUGCGGGUACCUUACUGAUUGAUGUGUCUACUCUUUGGAAGGAGAAGAUGCGUAAAACAAGGAGCCCGUUUGCUCAAACCAGAGAAGAAGCGCGCAAACAAGCACGCAAACGCUCUCGUCGACUGGUAGCUAGUAUAGCGAUCCGCAAGCUCAUUGCGUUCGUAACCCCAGAGCUCCAUCUGCCACCCCUAGCCAACCUGGAAGGUGCGGUAGACCGACUCCUCCCGCAGUUAUCAGAAACGUUCGAUCAAGUGUUGGUGACGGAGCCAAAGACUUUUUCAAUAGCGGGUGUACUUUUUGAGCCUGUGUUCGAAACGAAUGCUUUGAUGUGGCUCUUGUCCAGAGCACCGUAUUCUUCACGACAGCCUUUACCAGAGCGAAAACUCCCGGGUUACCUCAACUACAGAGGUGGUGUUCUAAGAUUGGACGCCGAUAGCGAUCAGCCAAGUCGGCACCGCCACUGGCGCGGGUGGAAAACAGCCAAAUUAUGGGACGGACGCUUCUGGAUACGGGUGAGCGCCUGCAUUGCAGCAAAAUUUCACGUGCUGCCGUUUCUUCCCUCCUCUGCGAAGCCGUUUCGAAUGGCCCUGCCUCCAAAAGAGCGUUCAAACUUUGAGAAAGUUCUCAAGCACUAUGCGCCGAGAAAAGUGCGAUAUUCGCUCCCUGCUCUUUACAGCGUGGAAGAGUCAAGCGACGGCGAGGAAUCCAAGCAGAUUAUGACACUGCUAGCACUGCCGACCUUGGGAAUCCACGUGCCAGGUCUCGAGAGAUGGGUCAAGUAUGAGGCAAGAUACAAGAAUGUUGACAUGACUUUGCUCGGAUCCGUCAAGAAAAAUCAAAGAAGUAAAGCGUCGCUAUUGAAACGUACCCAGCCAUUGGCCAAGAGACAGAGCACGGCACUGCAGAGUCAAAGAAUACGGGGAGGUGGGCAAGCCAGAAAAUCCCAUGGUGUAAAAGACGAUUUAACGAGCCUAUGA